AUGGGCAACAUUAUCCGUUUUCUUACCAGUCGAUCAGAGGAGAUAAAGGAUGACUUCGACAUUUUCGUGGAUUUUGAAAAUUGCCAGCCAUCUAACGAAGAGUAUGACUUGUGGUUGGAGAUCAACGCGAAGCUUGCUCAUGCAGAAGAUGUUUUGUUGCUCGUACGCAACUAUCCAGGUGCUGCACCGCAAAUACGAACCGCUAUUGAGCGGUGCUCAGACGAGGCCGCCCAAGAGGCGGCUUGGCGGGCCUUGGUACCUCUGGUUCAUCAGCUGCGCAUCUGCUACGACUUUGGUGUCUAUUUGGCUGAGACCGUUCCCCGCCUGUUGUAUGCCUUAUGUUCAGAUGAACUCACCGUCUGGGAACAUUUGGAAUCACAACAAGCCCUUUUCAAACAAUUCGCUGAAAUUCUUGACUUUAUAAUGCAAUUCGACAACAUAAAGAUGACCAAACCUUCCAUCCAAAAUGACUUCAGCUUUUACCGUAGACUGCGACAACGACGGAGACCUGUGACCGAUCCCUCACAGCAGAAUGUCCCCUACUGUGUAGAUAACACUGAGGCCUUCUUGAGGCAAGAAAUGGAGGAGCUCAGCGACGAGUGUUGCAGCAAGAUGUCCCUCUUCUACGCAGAGGCCACUCCCAUGCUCAAACUCAUCAGCCGAUACGCCACGCAGUGUCAUGUGGUGGAUGUAACAAUUCCCAUGGACGUGACCUCAGAGUGCUUGGCUGCGAUGGCGCACAUAUGUCGCGGUUUGCUGGUGAAACCGGGCAUGCGGAGUCGUGUGACCCGCGACGACACCCUCAUGCUUCUCUUGCGGGUCAUGACCGGCGUCAUCAUUCUCUACGACCAUAUUGACCCAUAUGGCGUUUUCCGGAAGACGUCUAAACUCGACGUGAGUUCUCCCCAUUUCGUCUGCCUUGAAUCGAUUUACGGUUCUACUAUUCUGGUAAAAAGUUGUGUUCGUUUGCUGAAGGAGCAAAAUCCGAAAAAUGUCCAGUGUUUGCUCAACGCCAUCAAGUAUGUUCCUCACUUCUAUCGCUGCCGGAAGACCUCCUGGCAACUCAUUACGAGUCGAAACAGCUGUCAAUGUCAGGAUGUCUUUGUGACUCAUGCGUACUUAAUCACCCCGUACUGCCACGUUGAAAGGGUGCUCGUCUGGCACCCGGAGCUCACAGUUAUUCAGCCCAAGUCUGAUUGGUACUCAACUCUACACUUUACUGACGAGACAACUCCACGUGUAAUCAAACAGCUCCUCGCCAGCACCGCAUAG